UCUCAAGCUCAGUAUGUCAGUUAGCUUGCAGUGAAUACAGCGUUCAAAAAUUCGGAGAGCGAAACCGCCGUGCAAAAUACGAGGUUGCGCGAAUAAUAUGUUUACGUAAUUCAGAAAACCGUUAUUACAACGAAUUCCUUGAGUGACUAAGCAAACCGGAAGUGAAAGCGAUGAUUCCGAUUCUGCUAAACCGCGCGCGUGUGUUCCUGAAUCAGUAUCCCGUCGCUCGAGGAAUGGUCACAUACAGUCUGCUGUGGCCGACAGGAUGCCUUAUUCAACAGUCGGUCACCGGAACCCGCCUGAGAGACUUGGACUGGAUGAAAUGCUUUCGAUUCUUCGUGUACGGCGGUUUCAUUGUGGCUCCCAGUCUCUAUUGCUGGAUAAGACUAGCAUCCAUGAUGUGGCCCGCUCAGACGUUGAGGUCUGCCAUAGCAAAGGCCCUCACAGAACAAAUCAGCUAUACACCGCUGGCGAUGACGUGCUUCUACUUUGGGAUGAGCCUUCUCGAGUCCAAGACGGUCGACGAAUCGAUCCAGGAGGUCAAAGCCAAGGUCCCACCUACAUAUAAGGUGGCGAUAUGCAUCUGGCCUUUGUUGCAAACCUUCAACUUUUCCGUGGUUCCCGAGAAAAAUCGUGUUCCGUUUGUCAGUAUGUGCAGUCUAUUGUGGACGAUAUUUCUCGCUUAUAUGAAACAGCUGGAGCUUGAAAAGCUCCAGCAAACAAAGUCUAUUGUUCCGAAAUAACACAGAACUUUGAAAAUAAAAUACCCAAGAAAGUUA